AUGAAAGCCAUGGAGGUUUUCUGUUCCUUGCCUAUCUUGAUGCUUGUUUCUAUGUGUGGAGCACAUGUAGACUUCUUUACGUCAAUUGGCCACAUGACAGACUUGCUGUAUACUGAGAAAGACCUGGUCACUUCACUAAAAGAUUAUAUAAAAGCAGAAGAAGCCAAAUUGCAACAGGUUAAAAAAUGGGCAGAGAAGUUUGAUAUGCUAUCAGAGACCGCAGUAAAAGAUCCAGAGGGCUUCCUGGGCCACCCUGUUAAUGCAUUCAAGUUAAUGAAGAGACUCAAUACAGAGUGGCAGGCACUUGAGAAUCUGGUGCUGAAAGACAUGUCUGAUGGCUUUAUCUCUAACUUAACCGUCCAGCGCCAGUAUUUCCCCAAUGACGAGGACCAGACAGGUGCAGCCAAGGCUUUGAUUCGUCUUCAGGACACCUAUAAUUUAGACACCGAAACUCUUUCUAAUGGAAACUUGCCAGGUGUAAAGUCUAAAGCCACGCUGACUGUUGAAGACUGCUUUGAACUGGGAAAGGUUGCUUAUGCGGAAGCUGACUAUUACCAUACGGAGCUGUGGAUGGAGCAAGCCCUGCGUCAGCUGGAUGCUGGAGAGCUAUCCUCCUCCGUUGAUAAGGUUGUUGUACUAGACUACCUCAGCUAUGCAGUGUAUCAGCAGGGCGAUUUGGAAAAAGCUCUGAAGCUAACCAAAAGGCUAUUGGAGCUUGAUCCUGAACAUCAAAGAGGUAAUGGCAAUCUGAAAUACUUUGAGUAUAUUAUGGAAAAAGAAGCAAAUAAAUCCAGUUCUUCAGAUUCUGAUGCAGCACAUCCUACUACAAGGAAAGGCCGCCCCAAAGACCACCUGCCAGAGAGGCAGAAGUAUGAGAAGCUGUGCCGUGGAGAGGGUAUUAAAAUGACUCCUCGCAGACAAAAGAAACUAUUCUGCCGCUAUUUUGAUGGAAACAGGAGCCCUACUUUCAUCUUGUCUCCUACAAAGCAGGAGGAUGAAUGGGACAGACCUCGCAUUGUGCGCUACCACAAUAUCAUUUCUGAUGCGGAGAUUGCAAAAGUCAAAGAGCUUGCAAAACCUAGGCUGAGUCGGGCUACAGUGCAUGACCCUCAGACAGGACAACUGGUCACAGCACAAUACAGAGUCUCUAAGAGUGCUUGGCUUUCUGGCUAUGAGGAUCCAGUCGUUGAAAAGAUUAAUUCAAGAAUACAGGAAAUAACAGGGCUAGAUGUGACCACUGCUGAGGAGCUUCAGGUGGCCAACUAUGGUGUUGGAGGGCAGUAUGAGCCCCAUUUUGAUUUUGGAAGGAAAGAUGAACCUGAUGCAUUCAAAGAGCUUGGUACAGGCAACAGAAUCGCUACGUGGUUGUUUUAUAUGAGUGACGUGGAGGCAGGUGGGGCUACAGUCUUUCCAGAAGUAGGAGCAGCAGUUUACCCUAAAAAGGGAACAGCGGUGUUCUGGUAUAAUCUCUUUGAAAGUGGAGAAGGGGAUUAUAGUACAAGGCAUGCAGCCUGUCCUGUAUUGGUUGGUAAUAAAUGGGUAUCCAAUAAAUGGAUCCAUGAGCGAGGUCAAGAAUUCCGAAGACCGUGUAAUUUAUCUGAAUUGGCAUGAUCAACACCUACGUUACAUGAAAACACAUCUCAGCCACAAAGCUUUCCAGACUGUGCUUUGCCCAGUUUGCUAGCAAUGAACUAUAAUGCAGUAGUCCCAGAACGCUGGGGAGAAUCACUUGUGGAGGACAUGAUUCAAUAUUUGUCUUAAGUUACUAAUACAGGAGAACAUCUACACAGAGUUACAAGUGCGCAUUGAUUGCAACCAAUGGAUAUGCCAAACCUACAAAGAUCCUAAUGCAAAGUAGAUUUGUGAAGGUUCGACCUAACCCUUUCUUGCUUUGGAGACCCCAAACGAAGAUCUG